AUGGUGCGACUCGCCACGCGGACGGUCUCUGGAUCGGGGAGCUCUUCUGGAAAAGUCUGCCCGAGGUCCACUUCUGACGAGGACGGCUCCUCGUCGGUUUCCGCCGAGGCGACGAGGGCGCCUCAGGUGCUCAGCACGAGCGGGCCCCGGAGCGCGGGUCUUUCGGACGAGAUCCCAAAGGAGGGUCGCGUCGGGCGUGGCAUGGCGCGGCAAAGCGAUCGUUGUGCGAGUGCCAAGGAGCGGCGCACGGCGGUGUCGCCUUUCAGAUCGCUUCCGGAGUUGCACCCGCACGAGGUUGAGCUGAGGGUGUCUGUCAAGGACCUGUCCCGAGACGUGGCUCCGGAGAAGUUCCGAUCCAAAGCCAAGAGCGUCGGGGGCUUCGUCUUCGGGCUCCUGGUCUUCCCCCAGGGCACCAAGAGCGCUCCGGAGCACGCGCGGAAGAAUCGGCCAGGGAAAGGGAAGGAAGAGGACGACACAGACAAAGCCAAGGCGCGACGGAGGGACACUCAGAAGACGGAGAAGGAGAAGCUGAAAGCAGCCCUUCUGAAGGAGGUCCCAAAAGAGAAGGAGGGACGUGACAAGGAAAAUGAGAAGGACGGCAACAAGGAAGGCGAUGGGAAGGAGGACAAGAAAGACACUCGCUGGAUUUCCGCCUUCGUGGAAGCACGGCCCAGCGAAGACUACCCUCCUCACUGGUACUUCGAAGAUGUGCAGUUUCUGGUGUCGCUCAUCAACUUCCAGGACUUGAAGAAAUCGAUCGUGAAGCACGACAAGCACACCUUCUCGCCGGUCGAAUCCUCUGAUGGGAAGGCGAUUGAUCGCGGCUGGCACGACUUUGUCCACUGCGACGAAGCGACGCUGCGCAACAGCGGCUUCGUGGACAAAGACGACACGGUCUGCUUCCGUGCUUCCGUGUACUUGGCCGGGGGAGCGAUGAAGGUGAACUCCAAGAGCAAGAGCCGCUACAUGAGCCUGAGCAAAAUCGACCCGGGCUCCUACGAGCGAGCGCCACAGUUCCUGAACAGCCUCGUGCAGAUUUGGUACCACCUCGGCUACUUCCGUUCGGCCAUCUACAGCGCCUCGAAUCCCUGCCAGCUCUCGGGAGCCAAGAAGUCCCGCGUGCUGCCAGCCUUGCGGGAGAUCUUCGUGCGUCUGCAGCACCGGACGCUUCCGGCCAGCUGUUCCGUGCUCUGCGCGGCCUUCGGCCGGAAGGGCUGGCAGAAAAUCUGCAAGGCGGAUCCCGACGUCUUCUGCUCGGAGGUCUUCCAGUGCCUGGAGUCGGAGCUCAUGCCCUCCCAGGAGAUGCUCAAGGCCGAGGAGGCGGCCGUGAAGGCCUUCGUGUCGAAGGCGAAGGAGGCGAAGGAUGCGAAGAAGAAGGAGCCGAAGCCGAGCUCCGAGAAGGAGAAGGAGCCGCUCAAGGCCUCAGCCGUCGGCAGCUCCAACGUGCGGGAAGCGAACGUUUCGGCCAGCGGAGCGAACGGCGGGCACCGUGUGCCCGCCGUGGAGGUUCCAGCGGAGAACCGCACGCUCUGGCAAUGCAUCCAGGACAUGUUCACCUUCGAGGUGGAGUGGACGGCCUCGGCAGUGGAAGGGGACUUCUCUGACAGCUGCUUGCACACGGGGCCCUGCUUCACCCUCGUGGUGCGAGGCUUCGCCAACUUGGAGGAAACGUUGGACCAGUACUUCUCCCCCAAAGUCAUCGAGGAUGGCUCCGGCCUCCGCGUGCGCACCACGCGGAAGUUCAAACGGAUGCCUGGAGCUCAGCUAGCGAUGGACCGACAGCAGCGACGCUUCACCGACCCCCCCCCCCCCCCCCCCCCCCCCCCCCCCCCCCCCCCCCCCCCCCCCCCCCCCCCCCCCCGCGCCGGCAUUGACAACGACACUGCCGCCACCGCAGGCACUGCUGUCAUUGGUGACUCCCUAGAAUUUGGAACGUUGUUGAACGUUUCUCUUGACGAACGUUGUUGUCCAAAAACCCAUCGGGUAGUCACAAAUGACGGGUGGUUGAAUUGA